AUGGGAGGAGGGAUGGGUGGCGUAGCUAAGAUUCCCGCGGCGGCGCUUUGGUUGCUGCUAGGCGUGGUGGUAGCCCUUGGGGUUGCGGCUACCCCGGCGCAGGCCUUCAGGAGGAAGACGAACCGCUACGACUUCGUUAUCACGGAGACGAACGUCACCCGGCUGUGCCAGGAGAAGACCAUCCUCACCGUGAACGGGCAGUUCCCGGGGCCGACCAUCCACGCGCGCCAGGGCGACGUCGUCUUCGUCAACGUCCACAACCGGGGCCGCAAGAACAUCACCCUCCACUGGCACGGCGUGGACCAGCCGCGGAACCCCUGGUUCGACGGGCCGGAGUUCAUCACGCAGUGCCCCAUCCAGCCCGGCGCCAACUUCACCUACCGCAUCGUCUUCUCCAACGAGGAGGGCACGCUCUGGUGGCACGCGCACAGCGACUUCGACCGCGCCACCGUGCACGGCGCCAUCGUCGUCCGCCCCAAGCUCGGCUCCGCCUACCCCUACCCCGAGCCGCACAGGGACAUACCCAUCAUCCUCGGCGAGUGGUGGAAUGUGAACGUGGAGCACUUGCUCGAGGAGACCAUGCGGGCCGGCGGCGACUUCAACAUCUCGGACGCCAACACCAUCAACGGCCAGCCCGGCGACCUGUUCCCGUGCUCCAGGAAGGGCACCUUCAGGGUGCCCGUGGAGCGCGGCAGGACGUACAUGCUCCGGGUCAUCAACGCGGGGCUCACCAACGACAUGUUCUUCGCCGUCGCCGGGCACAACCUCACGGUGGUCGGCUCCGACGGCCACUACCUCAAGCCGUUCACCGUCGGCCACAUCAUGAUCGCGGCGGGACAGACCAUGAACGUGCUCCUCCACGCCGACCGCGCCGCCAACGCCAGCAGCCGCUACUACAUGGCCGCGAGGACGUUCGCCACCAACAUGCAGAUCCCGGUCAACAACAGCACCGCCACGGCCGUCCUGGAGUACUCGGACGCGCCGCCCUCCGCGGGGCCACCGGCAGCCCUCCCCGACCUGCCGGCCGUCGACGACCUCGCCGCGGCGACGGCGUACACGGCGCGGCUCCGGUCCCUGGCCACCGACGGCCACCCCGUCGACGUGCCCACGCGCGUCGACGAGCGCAUGCUCGUGACCAUCUCCGUCAACGCGCUCCCCUGCGCGACGUGCGAGGGCCCCAUCAACGGCACCCGCUUCGCGGCGAGCCUGAACAACGUCAGCUUCGUGGCCCCGGCCGUCGACAUCCUCGACGCCUACUACUCCUCCGUCCGCGGCGUGUAUGAGCCGGACUUCCCCGACAGGCCGCCGCUGUUCUACAACUUCACCGCGCCGGACCCGGCGGAUGAGCUCUUGUUCACGAAGCGGGGCACCAAGGUGAAGGUGGUGGAGUACGGCGCCGUCGUGGAGGUGGUAUUCCAGGGCACGGCCCUCGGCGCCGAGCCCCACCCCAUGCACCUGCACGGGUUCGCCUUCUACGCGGUGGGCCGAGGGUUCGGCAACUUCGACGAGAGCAAGGACCGGGCCACGUACAACCUGGUGGACCCGCCGAGGCAGAACACCGUCUCCGUGCCCGCGGGUGGGUGGGCCGCAAUUCGCUUCCGGGCCACAAACCCUGGUGUGUGGUUUAUGCACUGCCACUUUGAUCGUCACACGGUGUGGGGCAUGGACACCGUGUUUAUUGUGAAAAAUGGCAAGACCCCGGACACUCAGAUGCUGCCGCGUCCUCCUACCAUGCCCAAGUGCUGAGGAAACAAGGGCGCAUGGGCGUGGAAAAUACGUUAACUUGGUUGUGGUUGAUUUCAUUACUUGUUGUACGAAUUAGAAGUUGAGUUGUUCUUGAAACAGAGGCUCGGAUGCACUGUCAAAGAAAAAAGGCUCAGUUGAGAUCCAUGCUGUAACUAGUGCCGUUUGUGUGUGUGUGUGUGUGUUUUUUAAUUUCAUUUGGUUGGAAGAGAAAAUAUUGUAUUCGUUGUUCUGGUUAAUUGUUUGGUUUCCUUGUAGCUUCAUCUUCUAUUCUAA